CCGAGGACGCCGGAGCGGCAGCCGGGCCCGCCCCCGAAGUGCCUUGGGGAGAGACAAAGAGACCUCGCCCCCAGCGCAGCCCGGCGCCGGCCGGCCCCGCGCUCCCCGGCUAGGCUCCCCCAGGCCAUGGGCAACUCUCAGAUCUCAUCCCCUCUCGGGAUCAUUGCUCUGGCCCUCUGAUCGCCCCCAUCCCACUGCACCUUGGUCGCCCAGGCUUCCCGGAUCGCCCAUCCCUCAUCACUCGCAUCAUCACCGCGUCUCCCAUUCCGUCUGUCCUUGUUGGCCAUCCAGGCGCGCACUCUUCGCUCAGCGGCUUGGAUGGACGCGCGCAGGCUGCCCGGGUGUCCAGGGGUCUUGCUUUCCAAGUUGGUCCUGCUGUUCGUCUACGCAGAUAAUUGUGUUGCUCAGUGUGGCAAAGACUGUAGGUCCUACUGCUGUGAUGGCACCACUCCCUACUGCUGCUCCUACUAUGCCUACAUUGGAAAUAUCCUCUCGGGCACAGCAAUUGCUGGCAUUGUGUUUGGAAUUGUGUUCAUCAUGGGAGUCAUUGCUGGAAUUGCCAUAUGUAUCUGCAUGUGCAUGAAAAACAACCGAGGGACUCGGGUUGGAGUCAUCAGGACCACCCAUAUCAAUGCCAUCUCCUCCUAUCCUGUAGCACCACCCCCCUAUAGCUACGACCACGAGAUGGAAUAUUGUGCUGACUUGCCUCCUCCAUACUCCCCGACCCCACAGGCUACAGCACAGCAUUCUCCACCGCCUCCUUAUCCUGGAAAUUCAAGGAAAUAAUCCUCCCAGAGCAGCAUAUGUGCAAGUCAGAGUUCUGGCGGGGAUUAAUAUGCCUCAACUGAGAAACAGACGGGAAAGGACUGCUGCAAGGAAUUCGUUGCUUCAUCAGACAAUAUGUCAAGAGGAAUGCCCAGGCUGAGUCACAGUGUUUCU